AUGCCCUCGGUCCCUCCGCAGAUGGAGCGCGGCCGCUGCGGCCGCCCGCCCAUGCCGCUCGUGUACGUGAACAGCUUCGGCUCGCACCGCUGCGGCACCGUGAUCCGCUUGGGCCGGGGCUGGCGGCAGAGCCCCGGGCAGAGCCCCCCGGGCCGGGCUGGGGCCCCGAGGGCCGCCCCGGAGCCGCGGAGCGGGCGCAGUCCCGGGCCGGGCGGCAGCGGGAGGAGAGCGGGCAGCGGCGGCGAGGGGAGAGCCGGCAGCCGCCCCAGCAGCGGUGACCCUCGAGAGGCUAAGGCUGACACCUUUGACUUUCCCAUCCCUUCAAGAAACGUUGAUAAAGUCAUUAAACGAAAGAAGAAAAAGUCCAAAGUCUGGCACAAAGUCUGGAAAGUGAUUUCCAAAAUGCUUGAGGAAAAUGAAAGGUUCAGAAGUCGACUGCUGACCUGCAGGCAGUUUGAUGGAGAGGGCUCUGACAGGAUGCAGAGGUCACAGAAUGGGGCAUACCUGGACAGGGAUGAGUCCAUCUUUGGCUGGGUGUAGCAAGGAAGUGAAGGAAGAUUCAUCCCCAAAGGAAAUAUAAACAAAGUGAAAGCUUUUCUUUUGAUCUAGUUCUUCCUGGAGUCAGUGCAAGUCUGCAAAGUGACUUCAGGGAACACAGGUUCUCUGUUGUUUGCUUGGUGUUUGUGCUUCUGCUGUUUAAGGGGUUUGUUUUUACAGUGGCUUAAACAGCUCUGUUGCAAGAUAUUUAUCUCAAGCCAUUAAGUCUAGUGUUUCACUGAGCUAUUAGUUUUAGAAAGCUUUUUAAUGAGCAUAAUAUUGUGACAGUUUUCUUGCAAAAGAAGAGAUACACAUUUACUGUUGUCUCUGUAUUUAUAUCUUUUAUUUUUGUAGCUUGUCAGAACAAUAAACACAAAUUCAGGAAGGCAGAACUCCACACAA